AUCAGGUCAUACUCUAUCUUGUGGUCCGGAUCCUGCCCCGCCCAUUCCUUGGAUUACACUACGGGUAAACCUAGGUCUGGCCACCGAUGCUGAUUGUGAAAAAAAAUAUGAGCAUUGGGCUCAGCGCUUAAAAAACUCAGCGCGGCUAGUACAAAACACCCUUUUGCUCCUCUUCCCCAUACAAUGUCUGAAGAAGUUGCCAAGCAAGUUGAAACCUUGUCUGUUGAAGACAAGCCACAAGCCCCAAAGGUAAAGGCUCCUAAGGAAGCCAAGCCGUCGAGAAAGGCGAAGGCCGCUGGUGUCGCCAAGAGCCAGUUGUACCUCGACCCACAGCCGGAGUUCAUCCAGCACAGAAUCAAAAUCUUUGAAGAAGUCAAGGCUCAACAGGAUGCCGAAAUUGCUGCCAAGGAAAGAGUCGCUAUCAAGCUCACCUUGAAGGACGGCACUGAGAAGGAGGGUGUCGCUUGGGAGACCUCUCCAUUCGACAUUGCCAAGGCCAUUGGGAAGUCUUUCUUGGAGAGACAGGUCAUCUCCAAGGUCAACAGUGAGUUAUGGGACUUGGAACGUCCAUUUGAGGGCGAUGCCACCCUUGAGUUCUUUGACUUUGACUCCCCAGACGGGAAGGCCGUUUUCUGGCACUCCUCCGCCCACAUCUUGGGUGAAGCCUGUGAGUGCAACAUGUGCGGCCACUUGGUCUUUGGUCCGCCAACCGACGACGGUUUCUUCUAUGAUUUUGCCUCCAAAGACGGCGAAGUCGUGUCCCAGGCUGAUUUCGCAAACCUCGAGGGCGUGGCCAAGAAGGCGAUCGCCGAGAAGCAAAAGUUUGAGAGAUUGGUCUUAACCAAGGAACAGUUGUUGGAAAUGUUCAACUACAACAAGUACAAGCAGUACCUCAUCCUGUCCAAGAUUCCCGACGGCACCUCCACCACCGUUUACAGAUGCGGUCCGUUGAUCGAUAUGUGCAGAGGUCCACACGUGCCCCACACUGGAAGAAUCAAGACCUUCAAGAUCUUAAAGAACUCUGCGUCCUACUUCUUGGGUGACGCGAAAAACGACUCCUUGCAGCGUGUUUACGGUAUCUCCUUCCCUGACAAGAAGUUGAUGGACGAACACCUCAAGUUCUUGGAGGAGGCUGCUGCCAGAGACCACCGUAAGAUUGGUAAGGAGCAAGAGUUGUUCUACUUCAACGAAAUGUCGCCAGGCUCCUGUUUCUGGUUGCCUCACGGUACCAGAAUUUACAACGCCUUGUGCGAGUUGAUGAGAUCGGAGUACCGCAAGAGAGGCUUUGAAGAGGUGAUUACUCCAAACAUGUACAACUCCAAGUUGUGGGAGGUCUCCGGCCACUGGGCUAACUACAAAGACGACAUGUUCGCCUUCGAUGUCGAAAAGGAGACGUUUGGGUUGAAGCCAAUGAACUGUCCGGGCCACUGCUUGAUGUUUAAGGCCAGAGAGAGAUCCUACAGGGAAUUGCCGUGGCGUGUUGCCGACUUUGGUGUCAUCCACAGAAAUGAGCUCUCCGGGGCCUUGACCGGGUUGACCAGAGUCAGAAGGUUCCAGCAGGACGAUGCGCACAUUUUCUGUACCGAAGAUCAGAUUGGGGAUGAAAUUUCCGCUGCUUUUAACUUCUUGGAGUUUGUCUAUGGGAUCUUUGGCUUUGAAUUCAAGAUGGAGUUGUCCACCAGACCAGAGAAGUACGUCGGUGAGUUAUCCACCUGGGACAAUGCCGAGAGCAAUUUGGAGGCCUGUUUAAACAAGUGGGGUGGUAAGUGGGGCUUCAACCCAGGUGGUGGUGCGUUCUAUGGCCCUAAGAUUGACAUCAUGAUCUCCGACGCCUUGAAAAGAUGGCACCAGUGUGCCACCAUCCAGUUGGAUUUCCAGUUGCCAACCAGAUUUGAGUUGGAGUACAGACCACAGGAGUCCACUGCCGGUGCCACCAGACCAGUUAUGAUCCACCGUGCCAUUUUGGGUUCGGUCGAGAGAAUGACCGCCAUUUUAGCCGAGCACUUUGCCGGAAAAUGGCCGUUCUGGUUGUCUCCAAGACAAGUCUUGGUCGUGCCAGUCGGUGUCGGGUACUUUGAGUACGCCGAAACCGUCAACGCCAAGUUGAAGGCCGCCGGUUUCUAUUCCGAUGUCGACGUUUCCGGUAACACCUUACAGAAGAAGGUCAGAAACGGCCAGAUGUCGAAGUACAACUUCAUCUUUAUUGUCGGCGCGGAGGAGCAGGCCGCUGAGGGCGUCAACAUCAGAAACAGAGACGUCCAGGACUCCCAAAACAAGAACGCGAUGGUCAAGUUGGACGAUGUUAUUGUCCAAUUGCUCGCCUUGAAGCAGUCCAAAAAGGUUGACAAUGUUUUGUAAGUUGACUCAUUUUUGUUUGUAAUAUUGAAUACAAAGAAUUAAACGAUAUAUGAGAUAUUACCGGGGGAUGGUCUAAGGCGUUUUGUGAUAAUAUUUGGGUCAACGCUCAUUAACGUGGAGUAGUAGGAAUAAACCCAAGAAUAAUUAUUGCUGUUUCUAUUUUGUCUGAUCGCUGUUUUCAGUGCAUUUAUUGCAGCCAGAUAUAAGCGUUAC